AUGCGGCGCCUCCUCUUCCUCCUCUUCCUCCUCCUCAGGACCGCCGGGAUGAUGCUGCUGCGGCGGCGCGCAUGCGCGGCCCCGCUGCUCGCCCUCGCGCUCGCGUGCCUGGGCUACCAGAGCCUGAUGCUGGGUCGGAACCGGGCCGGGACCGGACCCGGGCCAGGACCGCCACGGGCCCCGCGGGCCCCGGACCGGGAGCUGGUGGACGCAGAGAGGCUGGUGUCCGACCUGGAGGGCGGUGGCUGCAGGCGGACCGGCGGCGUCUGCUUGUCCAGGGACGACUUUCUUCUUCUGCUGCACUUCCACCAGCAGUUGAAGACGCCAUCGGGGUUCCAGCUGCUGCACCCCGGUGUCUCCUCGUCCACCUCGUCCCCCCCGGAUCCCACCCCCCUCUCCCGGCUCCUCCUCUCCGUCGCCCGCUACCACCGUCGGAGGACCAGCAGCAGGACUGACGACCCACUGACCAAUCAGCAGGCAGCGUUCCCGCAGAACAAAGGCGGCUGCUCGGACCCCCGGCUCCGUCAGAUCUACACCCACCCCUCCCUGGUGCUGACCCCGCCCUUCAGCCCCGGGGUGAAGGAGUACCGCGCCGAGGUCGCCUUCGACAUCGUCAUGGUCCGGAUCCGGCCGGAGCCCGUCAGCGCCGCCUGCCGGGUCCACCUGGACGAGCACCAGGGACCCAGGAUGGCGAACUACCCGGUCGGCCUCGGCAACAGCCGGAUCAGCAUCCUGGUGACGGACGCCAGCGAGCCGGCGCCGGUCGUCAUGACGAUCUACACCGUCCACGUGUUCCGCGAGAGCCGGCCCAGCCUGCCCAUGUUCGGGGAGCACGUGACCUGCAGCUUCGUGCAGGACUGUGGUCUGCUGGUCCAGCCGGGUCUCUCCUGUGGUCUCCAGCCUCACAUCCCACCUCAGAGUCCGGUUCAGGCCUGCAGCUCUGGAGACGUUCCCGGUCGGUGGGUGGUUCCGUGUCUCAGCUGCUCAGACAACCGGACCUGUGACUGGAGGGAGGUGGCCUGGCACCCGGACGGCUGCUACCACCCCGUGGUGGACCCCGCCCUGCUGCAGGACUGCAUGACGGACAGAAAGGUCCUGUUCAUUGGGGACUCCACCAACCGGGGGAUGAUGUACUUCCUGAUGGAGCGGGUCAACUCCAGCCUGGAGGACUGGGGGAAGAACCACAACACGCUGGUGUACCAGAACCUGAACCGGGGCCGGACCCAGGUCAGCUACUCCUACUACCCUCAGUUCUGGCUGGAGAAGGACCGGCGGCCGACCUUCAGGGACGCACUGCUGCAGCUGCUGGCCCGGUCCGGACCGCUGCAGGACUCGGACCUGACGGUUCUGGUGGUGGGCGGAGUCCAGUGGCUGCACCAGACCCACCUGCGGACGAUCCGGGAGGUUCUGGACAGAGCGUCCCUCAGCAACGUCCUGGUGCUGGUCAAGUCCCUGGGUCUGGGGUUCCACCUCCCGGUGGACGGAGUCCGCUCUCUGAGUCUGCCGGAGAUCCAGAACCUGUUCAGGAAGAACGGGAACAUCGUCCGCACCGCUAAGCAUCUUGGGUACGAGGUGAUCGACACCUUCAGCAUCACCAUGGGGCGACACAAGGAAUUCCUGCAGGGCCGCUGCGCCUGCCACUUCCACGAGGUGGAGAAGCUCCGAUACGUCCGGCCUUCAGAAGACACGAGAUCCACCACCAACCGGACCAGAACCGCCCCGGUGGGACCUGGACCCCGCAGCCAGACCACCGUGCUGGACCAGGACCGGUACCGGGACCGGUACCAGUACCAGGACCAGGACCGGGAGCAGGACCGGGAGGCCGGUUCUGACCCGCCCAGCUUCCACGUCCGAGGACCCGUGAACCAGGUCUACUCCGAGAUCCUGCUGAGCCGCCUGUGUCCCAGAACCAGGGGGGGUUCCGGGACCAGGACCGGGACCAGGUCCUGAUGCGGUCCAGAGUCCUGCAGGAGACCAUCACCCGGACCGGACCGGACCGGACCGGACGGUUGCCAUGGAAACGGAGCCCUAUGUAAAAGCAGCGCGGUUCCCUGGACGAUGAAGCGUCGCCUGACUGUUAAAGUCGACUCGAAGGACGAUUUAGAUAAAUAAUCAGUGUUGGGUGUAACGCGGUACAACGUAACGCGUUACUGUAACGAGAUUACAUUCGCCAGUAACGCAGUAAUGUACCGCGUUACAGUUGUAAUUUGGGUAAUCACAUUAUAGUUACUCUAAGACAAAAAAACAUUACGUUACUUUAGUUACUUUAAGCUUUUCAGCUACAUGUAGAACGGGAGAACAGAAAAGAAAAUCAAACUUGCCUUUCUUGCGUCUUCACGCUUUGCGCAACACUUGUCUGACUUAACGUGAUUUUACGUGAUUUUACGGGACUACGAAUACACAUUUGUGCUGAUCUGGGCACUGCAGUAAUAAGGUUCCAACUACAGGACUGUCUCAGAAAAUUAGAAUAUUGUGAUAAAGUUCUUUAUUUUCUGUAAUGCAAUUAAAAAAACAAAAAUGUCAUACAU